AUGGCACAAGAAUCGCAAGGCUCGUCGACUACGACUCAAGAAAAAGAACAUCGUCAUCAUCCUAGAGUCCUUGGUCAGAAGCUGGCCGAAACAGCCGUCCAAUUCUCUCAACAGGCCGAGAAACUCUCCCAUCAGGAUCCAACAGGUGGAUCCGGCGUUGCUGUUGAGGCGCAAUUCGUUACACCUCAUGAUCCGGUCAUUGUUACUUCAGAUGGCAAUCGACUUCCCGGUGUGCCCUUGCAAGAAGCGCACAAGCUGAAUGCGCUUCGCGAAGAACUUGAGGGCGAGCCCAAAAACGUUGAGAUCAAAGAGGGCAACGAGACUAAAGAGAAGAUAUCCAACAUCGAGGACGCGGAGCCCGAGCAAAAGAAAGUUGUUCAGAUACCGUCUGAACAUAAUGGCGCAUCGCUACAAAAAUCGGGCGGCGUCGACAGCACAUUGCGACGACAGACACCCCCGUCUCACACAAAUCCUCUCUUCCCUCCACUGCCGCUAUAUGGGCCUCCCAAUGUGUUGCGCAAUCUUCAAUGCCUGUUUUUCCGAAUCAGCGCAUUCUUUCUGAGUCUGGCGUUCCUUGGUGUCAUCGUCUUGGGCGCCUUGUUUACGACAAUACCUAUCGUGGCCAAUAACAUCUGGUACCGGGUAACAUUUCGCAAUCCUGAUGCUCGCAGGCCAUUCUAUGAAGAGGAGAAGCAGAGAGCUCAAGCGAGGUAUGAGAAAGAGAGGGCUUGGAAGCAAAAAUCGCCUAAUGGGCCAUCAUUGGACCAGGCCGAAACAGCUGAAGAGUUCCCGCCAACUGAAGGUGGACCGGACCCAAUCAUUUGCGACGUCGCAUACUAUGCGCGCAGAGUUGGUCUCGAUGUUGAGACAUUCGAAGUUCAGACUGAAGAUGGUUUCAUCAUUGACUUGUGGCACGUCUACGACCCCAAGGAGUACACUGAGAAGGAAGCGAGCUUGAGGUCCGACCAAGGCCCUGAAGUCUUUCAACGCCAAAGAAGAAAACUCAAAGACCCGUUGCAAAAGCCCAAGUUCCCCGUAUUGCUUAUGCACGGCUUGUUGCAAAGCUCGGGUGCCUACUGCUGUAACGACGACGAGUCCCUUGCUUUCUGGCUUUGCAAAUCUGGUUACGACGUGUGGCUCGGAAACAACCGUUGCGGGUUCACCCCCAAGCAUGCGCUGCUUGAGUACAAGGACCCAAGGAUGUGGUGUUGGAACAUUAGGCAGAUGGGCGUUUUCGAUCUGCCUGCCUUGACAUCUAGAGUCAUCACCGAGACGGGAUUCGAGAAGAUUGGGCUUAUCUGCCACUCUCAGGGAACGACUCAGACCUUUGUUGCGCUGGCCAAAGAACAACGGCCCGAACUAGGCGAGAAGCUGACAGUUUUCUGCGCUCUUGCUCCAGCAGCCUACGCUGGCCCUCUUAUUGGCAAGAUGUACUUCAAGUUCAUGCGCAUUAUUUCACCAGGUCUGUUCCGACUCAUGUUUGGCAUCCAUGCAUUCAUUCCUUUUAUGAUGCAGAUGCACGCGAUUUUGGAGCCACAUGUAUACGGCUGGCUUGGCUACAAGGUGUUCUCCUUCUUGUUUGACUGGACUGAUGAACGCUGGGAUCGAGGCCUUCGUGACCGCAUGUUCCAGUUCGCGCCGGUUUACGUCAGUGCUGAGUCGAUGCGAUGGUGGCUUGGCCGCGAGUGUUUUGCCAGGCACAAGUGUAUCUUGUCUACAAAAGAGGCUGUCAAGGCCGAAGAACACAUGGAUGCCACGACAGAUGGACGACCCAUGACACCUAGGACAUCAUCAGCACUCGAAUCCCAUCGAAAACAACCCAAGGGCUCUACCGCAUGGUACAACGAACAAGCACCACCUAUGGCUCUGUGGGUGGCUGGUAACGACGAUCUCGUUGAUGGAAAAAAGUUACUUCGACGAUUUGAAAAAGGCCGCGAACCACAUGUUGAUCUGGUUCACAGCAAGGUUAUACCCGAGUACGAACACCUUGAUGUCAUCUGGGCCAUGGAUGCAGUCGACCAAGUGUUUAAAGAAGUUCGAGAGGUGUUAUGGAAGACGUGUAAUGCACGCGACAUUUGUCGAGUCCCUAAGGGCUGUGAGAAUGUACAAGCACGAAAACCCAGUGAAAGUGUUAAAGAGGAGGUACUAGAUGAGUCUCAAUCCAGCAGCAGCAGUGAGCGAUAA